GCGUCUCUCUUCUCUGUUUCUUCUUUUUUUUCUUUUUCUUAUCUCCACUCUUCGAACAAGGAAGAACCCUAAUCUCAAGAUGAAUAGGGAAAAGUUGAUGAAGAUGGCUAACACCGUCCGCACUGGCGGGAAGGGUACCGUCAGAAGAAAGAAGAAGGCGGUGCACAAGACCAAUACAACUGAUGACAAGAGGCUCCAGAGCACUCUUAAGAGAAUUGGAGUUAACUCCAUUCCAGCAAUUGAAGAAGUUAACAUCUUUAAGGAUGAUGUUGUUAUCCAAUUCAUCAACCCUAAGGUUCAAGCUUCAAUUGCUGCAAACACAUGGGUUGUUAGCGGUUCUCCUCAGACCAAAAAAUUGCAAGAUAUCCUUCCUCAGAUUAUCAGCCAACUUGGACCAGACAACAUGGACAACCUGAAGAAGCUAGCAGAGCAGUUCCAGAAACAGUCUCCUGGUGAAGGUAAGGCCUCAGCAACCAUACAAGAGGAAGAUGAUGACGAUGUCCCAGAGCUAGUUGGAGAGACAUUCGAAGCUGCUGCUGAAGAGAAAACAAGGAGAAGCAGAAAUCUUUUGAGAUGUUCAGCUGAAGAUGAUCGAGUUCGUGAACCUGUGAACGAAGCUUCGUCUCCGGUGGCGAUAGCGGAGGAGCAAAAGGAGAACCACGCGGAUGAAAAUGUGUCACCUUCUCCAGAAAGCAGUGAAGAGGAGGAGGAAAAGAAAUCAAAGCAGCAAGAGAUGGACUGGAAAACGGACGAGGAGUUCAAGAAGUUUAUGGGAAAUCCAUCAAUCGAAGCUGCUAUAAAGCUUGAGAAGACGAGAACUGAUCGUAAGCUCAAGGAGCUGAACAAGGAAAGCAACAGUCAGAAUCCGAUCAUCGGAAUUUUGAACAGCUUGGCUCGUGAUACUUUGACCAGAGAGAAGGAAAGGCUUGAGAAAGCACAAGAGACUUCCAAGGCUCUUGAUCUCAACAAGUUGAAGAGCUGUUUUGGGUUCGAUACGUUUUUCGCUACGGACGUUCGUCGGUUUGGAGAUGGAGGAAUCUUCAUUGGGAAUCUCAGAAAACCCAUUGAUGAGGUCACACCUAAGCUUGAAGCUAAGCUAUCUGAAGCAGCAGGGCGUGAUGUUGUUGUGUGGUUUAUGGAAGAAAGGUCCAAUGAGAUCACAAAACAGGUGUGUAUGGUGCAACCGAAGGCGGAAAUCGAUCUACAAUUUGAAUCGACUAGAUUAAGCACUCCUUGGGGAUAUGUUAGUGCAAUUGCUUUAUGUGUUACAACCUUUGGAACCAUAGCUCUUAUGAGUGGGUUUUUCCUUAAACCUGACGCCACUUUUGAUGACUACAUUGCUAAUGUAGUUCCUCUUUUUGGCGGGUUCCUUUCCAUCUUAGGUGUCUCAGAGAUUGCAACCAGAGUAACCGCUGCGCGACACGGUGUCAGAUUAAGCCCGUCGUUUCUGGUGCCAUCGAAUUGGACUGGUUGCUUAGGAGUUAUGAACAAUUACGAAUCAUUGCUUCCUAAUAAAAAGGCGCUAUUCGAUAUCCCAGUAGCCCGUACAGCUAGCGCGUACCUGACCUCGCUUCUGCUUGCAGCAGCUGCGUUUAUAUCUGAUGGUAGUUUCAAUGGAGGAGACAAUGCUUUGUAUAUAAGACCACAGUUCUUCGAUAAUAAUCCGUUGCUUUCGUUUGUCCAAUUCGUUGUUGGUCCUUAUGCGGAUGAUCUUGGUAAUGUAUUGCCUAACGCGGUUGAAGGAGUUGGUGUUCCAGUUGAUCCGCUUGCUUUUGCUGGUCUUUUGGGUAUGGUAGUGACUUCAUUAAACUUAUUACCAUGUGGAAGACUGGAAGGAGGUCGAAUCUCUCAAGCCAUGUUUGGAAGAAGCACAGCUGCAAUUCUCUCAUUUACCACAUCUCUCCUUCUCGGUAUUGGAGGUCUCAGCGGAAGUGUCUUAUGUUUAGCUUGGGGGCUAUUCGCAACCUUCUUCCGCGGUGGUGAAGAAACACCCGCAAAAGACGAAAUCACCCCUCUAGGCGACGAUAGGUUCGCUUGGGGUAUAGUCCUUGGACUCAUUUGCUUCCUCACUCUAUUUCCUAACAGUGGAGGUACUUUCUCCACUUCAUUCUUCAAUGGACCUUUCUUCCGUGGUGAUGAUUUCUAAAGAUGUAGAUUAAGUGCAGAAACAAGCA